CACAGGGUCUGCUAGGUUUUAAAAGCUUGAACUGUGCUCAGUUGCUUCACCAGAAGAAUCCCUGCUCCUCCCCUGACAGCAAAGAGAUGUGUGAAUGUCUCUGUGUGAUGCCCCGGAGGAGCAGUUACGCGUCGUAGAACUGGAGAAAAAUUGCCUACAGUAUCUUGCGCUGUAACCUGUUUCCACUUCACACAGACUAUUGGAAAGCAUCUGGAAGAUAUAUAUCUAUUAUUGUUAACAAAAUAGAUUUAUGAGCGUUAGGAGAUUAUGAUGCAGAAGACAGGUAGAAUCUCUCUGUGUUUUUAAGGGGCUAACCCACACUCACCAGCCUUAAAUCUUAGAAUGAUUAAGCUGACAGGGACUCAAAAGCUCGCACAGUUCAUAUAAUUCUACAUUUUGAAGCCCCCUACGUCCAACAGUUGCACAGAUCAGGAACCUGAGGUAAGGAAAGGUUCAGUGAAGAUUUAUUACAUUUGCAUAGUCAGCGGAAGAGCUGAAACUUAAGCCCUGGUUGCCUGACAGUAAACCCUGCGCUUGCUUGCGACUAUCUUUUAUCUAGAUUAUGGUAUUUGUCUGUCUUUGAAAACCUUGAGAGACAUCAUGGUUAUUCCCCAAGAGGGAGAUGAAGCGUGAUCUAAUUUUCAAUGAGAGUGGACUUUGGGGGAACAGUUCCAGCUGGGCACAUUGUUUUCUCCUUUUUCAUGGCCACCUGAAAACUUUGGCUGGGUGCUGGCAGGGUGGGAAGCUGUUUCUGCUUCCCAGUCUUUUUCUGUUCACAGCUGCAAAGUUCAGUGAGUUGAACUGCCGUGCUGUGAGUUCACUGUUCACUCUGCCACGACCAACCUCUGUUGUAAAUUUUCCUCCCUGAACACGUGACGAUGUAUUUCUUGACUGUAUAUCCCAAGGGCGGCAGCGGAACUGUCAGAGCGCCGAGCCGCACACGGAGCAAGAAGUCUCUUGGACUUGACGAUCUAGGAAUUCAGGACUUGGGACAAAUUUGCCAGCCCUUGACCCUGGCUGUGUGAGCAGAGCUUCAAUGCUGAAGAUGGAGCCUCUGAACAGCACGCAUGCUAGCACCGCAGCCCCCAGCGGCCCCCUCGAGUCCCAUGUGCCGGGCAGCGGCAGCGGCAACGGCAACGAAUACUUCUACGUUCUGGUGGUCAUGUCCUUCUACGGCAUUUUCUUGAUUGGAAUCAUGCUGGGCUACGUGAAAUCCAAGAGGCGGGAGAAGAAAUCCAGCCUCCUGCUGCUGUACAAAGACGAAGAGAGGCUCUGGGGGGAGGCCAUGAAGCCGCUGCCCACCGCGUCCGGCCUGAGGUCGGUGCAGGUGCCCAUGGUGCUGAACGUGCUGCAGGAGAGCGUGGCGCCCGCCCUGUCCUGCACCCUCUGCUCCGUGGAAGGAGACAGCGUGAGUUCCGAGUCCUCCUCGCCCGACGUGCACCUCACCAUCCAGGAGGAGGCGGCGGACGACGAGCUGGAGGAGACUUCGGAGACGCCCCUCAACGAAAGCAGCGAAGGCUCCUCGGAGAACAUCCACCAGAACUCCUAGCACCCCCAGGACCUCUGGAGGAGGCCCCAUCAGCCAGCACCCUUAAAGCGAGGAAGGGCACUUUUUGCGUCUGGUUUCACCUUUGCAGGGCAACUGCCGCUUUCAGGAGACCCUCGGCAAGCCCCUGAAUGGGGGUGGGGGGUGGGGGACAAGUCUCAGGCGGAGCCAGCAGCAGCCCGCAGUCCACGACGCGCCUGUGGUGUGGACGUGCCGCUGAAACAGCCCUGAAGAUGUGCAGUGUGUACCUUUCCUUGGGAUCUGGGGGUCGGGGUUCCUGUGCAGAAUUCGGCAGGUCGAUGUGCUUGCGGUUGUCUCCUCACGGGAUGCCCUGGGUAACACCUGCAACAUCUGCCCACUCCCAGGGCUGCCAAAUGCCUAGGGCAUCCUGAGGGACUAGUUUCCAUUUGACAAUUUGCCUAGAGCUUUGUUCUUCUACAUCUGAUUGGCUGUAAGUACCUCUAAUACGAACCUGUGGCUUUAGUUCCCCCUGGGGUUACAGAGCUUCUUUUAGAGGUCUUUUGGGUUAGAGGGGGGAUAUUUGACGGAGGACUUUUGAUGGGAGGGAGCUGGAGAUCUGAAUCUGGUCCAUUUGCAUUCUGUAAGGAAAAAAUAGGCAAUUUUUAAACCUGUUAACGUUGGCUGGGAUUAUAAAACGAAUCUGCUAUUUUGACCCUUUGUCUAACCUGUGGCUUUGAACUCUGAUCUGGGACCAUCCGGCAUCACAUGCUGACAUGACAUCUUUUUUGCUUGGAAGGGCUUCCCCAGAAUCUAACCUGCACUCCGAACAGCCAUGCAGGGAAGCUUCCCAAUCUUUCCAGAAGGGGUGAUGGUGAGGUUGAACAAACCCAAACCGUUAGCUCCGCUGCUGCUUUCUUUUUUUCCCAGCCCAGUUUUCUGAGCUGGGAGAGGAUAUAAUGUGGGCCUCCACAGCAUGGCAUUUCUUCACGUAGCUGAGACUUAGAAGGGCAUACUCCAGUGAGACUGUGCAGAGCUGGGGUCCAAGUUCUCUGUUUCUUAAUACUGAGCCCCGAAUCUGAUUUGCUGUGUGGUCCUGGGCAUGUCAUCCAGAGGCUUACUGUCUUCCUGAGAUUCCUGAUGAUCUAGAUCCCCAGAGGGCUGGGAGGAUGUCUUUAGGUUUUAAGACUCUGUGAUGAAUCCUACAUGGCCUGGUGUGAGGAAGUUUGGACAAAAUAUUUCCCCCUUGGCCAGUUAGUCUGAAAAAGGAUCUGCUUAAAGGGGCAGUUGGAGACGGAGAACACAUGUAGCUGGGAAAUCCAGGGUGAAUCACUAACCAAUCCCUGCUGUCACUUUCCCAGCAGUGAAUCAAAGAGGCAGAUACCACAUUUCACUCUGCAGGCUGUCUGGGGAGUGGACUAUUAACGCUCCAGUUAAGGGAAUGAGACAUCUAAGAGAAAAUGCUCAGGAAUGCUUGGUAAUGUUUCCCUGUAUUCCUGUGGUCAGUCGCUUUGCAGCAGACGCUUUAGGCCCUUGAAGACAAGGCAGAAGAGAAACACACCAAAAGGUCAAAUUUAAUUCUAGUAAAAACAAAAACUAUUUUUUUUUUUUUUAAUACGCUCUCCCUGGAUUGGAGACAGCAAUAACUACUGUUCCCAUGGAAGGGUUAACAGUGUAGGAGCUGGUUUAUCAGUUCGCCUUAACACAGUGCUAGAGGAAAUUUAUGUUUGGGGAAAAAAAGGUCCUCCGUUCACUUUAAAAUUCAGAGUGUGGAUUUACUCCAAAGGGGGCUGUUUAAGGUGAAAGAAGCCAAGUUAAGUUUGGCCCCUUGCCUGGAAUCACUUGAAUUCUGAAACUUUACUGCGAUGGACAUGUGCGUUGUCACAUUUUCCAUUGCUUAAUCCUGAAGUUUGGUGCAAGUCUAUCUGCGCCUAUUAAAAAGUGAUGUAUAUACUUCCUUCUUAUUCUAUUAAGUUGUACAAAAUUGUCUUCUGUAUUUAACAGUUUGUAAUUUUCACAGUAUUUUUUAAUUUAA